AUGAAAAGCUACUCUCCAGUAUUAAAUUAAUCCAAAGGGACUACAACUGGUUUCUUAAAAAAAUUAUUAGAUUACAAAGUUAAUCUUAACUCGAAUCGAUCCAGCAAAAUAUAAUCAAUUUCAAGUUUUUAAAGAGAUAUUUCUCACCUUGCUGAUUCAUUUAGACAUAAGACACUGUAAUAGUAAAUAAAGGAAAAGCAGCAAAUAGCAGAAAUGAGAUUGAGUGAAUAUAUUCUUAAGCAAAAAGAGAGAAAACACAAUUAGCAGUAUAUGAUUUAAAGUCAAAGGUACUACUAUAAAACAUAAAAUCUCGAAAAUACAUUCGAUGAUGUACUUUAAAUUUUAGAAAAAUAUUCUGACUUCAAUCUGAAUUGGGUAGCCUAAGACUUACAGGAAGUGAGCGGGAAUAGGAAAAAUGCAAUGCUAAAUUUAAAAACAACCAUAGAAAAUGGAUUAGAAAAGGGCUACUUCGAAGACAUUUCAAGCAUAUAGAAUGCAGAGAGGCAAUUGUCAAUAAAGAAAAAAAUACACAUGAAACACACAAGUACACAUUUCUUUUCGAGUGAGCCUACUGGGAGAAAUGAUGCUAUUAAUCUAAAGAAAUGGCUUUAAAAUCAAUUGGAGAGUAUUUCCUAAAAUCCAAGUAUUGAUCACAAAUCUAAAUUGUAAUAAGCAAGUGAUGUUCUAUUUAUAUGCCUGAAUGAAUUGAUUAGAUAGGUUUCAUUUUAAUGUACAGAGAGAGGAUAGUUGAUGCUCGCAAUCUUUAAGGGUUAUAUAAAAGUAUUUAGAAAAACCAUUAAUAUGUCUGAGUCUGAUAAGUAACAAAUGCAAAUUAAGGGUUACAAAAGUUAAUUGGAACAAUAAGUAGAAUUUGAGUAACAACAAGAUGAUUUGAAUGAAAAGAUACUUGAUCUCAAGAAAGUUAUACAACAAUAGGAGAAAAAAUUGAAAACCCAAUAGGAUGAUGAACAAAAUUUGAUUGCGAUAGUUUAAAAGUUGACAAAGUAGAACGAACUCGAUAAAUCCAUGAAGAAAGGUGCUGCCACUUUGAUAUCAAAUUUAAAUAGAGAAAUUAAAGAACUGAGAAAUAAAAUAUCGAAGAUCUAAUAUAUGAAGCAAUCUGGCUUUUAAGUUGUAUAAGUUGAAGAAGAUGUAGAUGAAUAGGAUUUAUCAUUAUCUUAAGUAUUAAAAGAGGUUGAAUAAAAAACAUGUGUUGAAUAGAAUCCUGAUAUAGUUGUUAAAGACAUUGUGGAUGAACCACCAAAGAUAACAUUCUCUGUUAAUUGUUAAACUGAAAUCCCUACUCGUACUUUUGAAACUUAAACGGAUUUAAAUUUAAUAGGUCAUUAGUAUGAUAAAAUAAUCAAUUAAUAAGAAUUAGAUUAGCAUUUCAAAGAAUACUAACUUAAAGAGUAAAUGGGUUUCUUCCUCUAAGAAGAUUAACCACAAUCUUCAAAUAAUAAGAAUGUCUAAUCUCAUCUUUAAAUGUAGCAAACCAAGGAGCAGAGAUCAAGUUUAAUAAGAAUAUUAGAUGGAUUGCCAGGCAGCAUGGAUCACAUAAGGAAUAUGAAGAAGGAGGAUAUGUUUGAUUUAUUUGCCAAUAAUAUGAAAACUUUGAGAGAUUUGUUUGAUAAGGAAGAACCAUAAGAAAAAUAAAUUUAGAGUGAUUCAGAGUAAUCAAUGUUUGUGGAGCCUCCAGAAGUUAACAGUGAUGAGAAGAGAUCUACUCAUAAGGAUUCUAAAAAUAAUAUUAAAUUGAUUGCUGAAGUCGCAGAAAUGGAGGAGGCUUCUCCAAUGCCUACUAGUCAAAAAAGAAUAAAUUUUAGUUUAAAGAAGUUAUCAUUUGAAAAAAUUGAAGUCUAGUCUGUAAAAAAUAAUACUAAUACUAAUUCUUCAAAAUAAAAUCAAAAGUCUAAUAAAAGGCAAUUGGAGAAGAUGUUUAGUUCUGAGAAGUUGGCAUUACCAACUGUAAAAGAGUUUUAACCAAAUGAACUCAAUCAAACUUAGAUGCUAACUAAUUCAAAUCUAAAUAUCGUCAAUUCAAAUUCAUCAGUAAUUCAAAGUAGUUAAAAUUUGUAAGCUAAUUCUAUUGCUAAUAAAUUUGGAUUAAGCAAACAAGAAUAGAUUCAAUUGAAAACUCAAGUAGCUAUGUUAAUUAUGUUGUAUAACUUAUAAAUUCAGAAAUCAUAAAACUUAACUAAAUCUAUGAAUGAUUUUGCAGGCUUGUUAAAUCAACUCUUUUCAUUUACUCGAAAGUUGAUGAUUCACAUCUUGAGAACACAAUAAUAGAGUCACAAAUAAAUAGCUGAGCAAUUCUUAGUUGAAUUUGAUUCUUUACGUAAAAGAAUGCCUGUUGAAUUGGAUGCAGAGAUUUAAGAGGAAGAGUAUAUUAUAAAUGAAUUAGAUGAAGAGGAAGAGAAGGAGAAGAAGAAAUAAAUACAAUUUAAGAGAAAGAAAAAUAGAAUUACAAAAGCAUUACAAUUUAAUUUUUAAACAAAACAGAACAAAGUAAAUGUGAUUGACAGACUGAUGCAUCCAGGAGUAAUAUUGGCAGUUAAGGCUAGGGAACAAUCAUAUUUGUUUAAGAAGGUAGUAAAUUAUUGGCCUUUGAAAAAUGUGUUAAGAACAAUUACCUAAUUGUAUGAUGAAAAGGUUAGGAGUAGUAAAGAGUAUGAGACACAAAAGGACCUCGAGAUGCAAAUAUUUGUUUUUAAUAAUUUUUUAAAUAGAUAUGGGUUUAAGAAUGUUGCUGAAAAGAAAUACUUACAAUUUCUACUUUCAGUUAUUCAUUUCUCAUCCAUUUUUAGGGUAAAUGUAUUUGCCAGAAUGAUUGCUAUACUAUAAGACGAGCAUUUGAACUUUUCAAUUGAAGAAUCGUCCUUCUUUUUAUAGGGUUAUGAUUUCAUGUGUUCUGAGUCAACAUUAGGAGUAAAUGUUGUUCAAAGUGAAAGUGAACAAAAGUUUCAUGUUCCUUAUCUAAGAGCUUUGGAUUAUAUGAAGGUCUAUUUAGAAAACAAAAUGAUGGAAGAUGAACUAAGAGAUUUGAAAAAUGAUUUAGAAAACUUAAAGGAACCAGAUCCUAAGAAUUUAAAUAAAUAAGGAUUGAUUGAUGUUGAUAAUUUCCUUAUUAAAGUAAUGAAUAAAUAUAGAAUCAUUACUAUAAGGACUAAGGAGUUUGUAAUUCAUGCAUUUUAAGCAGCAGAUUUAGAUGGAAACAAAAAGAUUAAUAAUAAUGAAUUUAUUACAUUAUUUAGACAUAUAGAACAUCAAAAAUUCAAUUUUAAGGAGGCUAUGAAUUUGUUUUAUGAAUAAGCAGACAUUAUCUCAGUUGAUGAACGAAGUCUAUCAUUUAAUAGAUUUACUUCUGUAUGUGUGAGCCAAUAGAUCUUUACUUUCUAGGCUCUUAAUCAUUUUAUUAAUGUAAGGACAAAUGAUGAUGUAGAGAAGUAAUUCUUAUAAGUGAGGUAGGAAUGGCAAAAUUAUAAAUUAGAAAUAGAAAGCACUUUGAAAGAAUUAUAACCCUAUGUUACUCCUGAAAUCUUCUCAGAGUGGAACACUAUUAUAAAAACUCUCGAGUAAAGAAUUAUGAGUCAAACAAAUCAACACUCAAGCAUCAAACCCAUCUUGAUAGCUCAUAAAAUAUUGAAAUUAGAAUUGAAGAGAUUAUUAAAUGUUGGACAUUAAGAAGAUGACAUUGAUGAAAAUGCAGUAAUUUUAUGA